UCAUCAAAACAGAUGCGAAAUCAGGAAACGACACCGUUUGGCGUCGCCGUAGAAUUGACAGAGAGAGGCAAGGAGCAGGACCGUAGAAGAAAGGCUUGGAGAAUUGCAGCAGAGAGGGAGGCGGCAAUGGCGUACCUGAGCAUGGGAGAGGCACAUAGAAGAAUUACAGAGUACUUGAAUCGAUUUUCGGACUCUGUUGCGUCUCAAGAUGGAGCUUCUCUCAAAUCUCUUCUUUCUCUCUCCUCCAAUUCCCCCAAUCUUCUCGCCCUCGCCGACUCUCUCAACGUUUUCCAGGAUGCCAAUCGAUUAAUCAGACAGUCGGAUAGAUAUUCUCAGUUUGGAGAUAUAUUGGUGAACUUCUUUCGUGCAUUGCAGUGUUACCGUCUUGGAAAUUUGAUUGAUGCCUAUCAUGCUUUCGAAAAAUCCGCCAACGCUUUCACUCAGGAAUUUCGGUCUUGGGAUUCAGCUUGGGCGUUGGAAGCAUUGUAUGUAGUUGCUUACGAGAUUAGGAUCAUUGCAGAGAGGGCCGACCGAGAGCUGGCUUCGAAUGGAAAAUCCCCAGAAAAGUUGAAAGGAGCUGGCUCGUUUCUUAUGAAAGUGUUUGGUGUUCUUGCCGGAAAAGGCCCUAAACGUGUUGGAGCAUUGUAUGUGACAUGUCAGUUGUUCAAGAUAUACUUCAAGCUUGGUACUGUGCACUUGUGCCGUAGUGUGAUAAGGAGCAUUGAAACCGCUCGGAUAUUUGACUUUGAGGAGUUUCCUAAAAGAGACAGGGUGACCUACAUGUAUUAUACAGGACGUCUGGAAGUUUUCAACGAGAAUUUCCCUGCUGCUGACCAGAAGUUAUCAUACGCCUUGAUGCAUUGCAACCCUCAAAGAGAAGCUAAUAUAAGAAUGAUAUUAAAAUAUCUCAUACCUGUGAAGCUUUCGAUGGGCAUCUUGCCUACAAGGGUGCUUCUCGAGAAGUAUAACCUUUUUGAGUAUGGAAAUGUUGUGCAAUCUCUUACAAGAGGUGAUCCGAGGCUUCUUCGACAAGCUCUUCAAGAGCACGAAGAUCGGUUCUUAAGAUCAGGGGUUUAUCUCGUCUUAGAGAAGUUGGAACUUCAAGUUUACCAAAGAUUGGUGAAGAAAAUCUACUUUAUACAAAGACAAAAGGAUCCAAACAAAGCUCACCAGAUCAAAUUAGAAGUAAUUGUAAAAGCUUUACAAUGGUUGGAAGUAGACAUGGACGUUGAUGAGGUAGAGUGCAUCAUGGCCAUACUCAUAAAUAAGGGUCUUGUGAAGGGGUACUUCGCCCACAAGAGUAAAGUUGCAGUGGUAAGCAAACAAGAUCCUUUUCCUCGACUAAAUGGAAAACCAGUCGGUUCAUGAACCAAUAACUUAACAAGGUUGUUUUGUAGUCAUUAGUCUAUUUAUAGUGGCAGCUUUGAAGUGUUUUAUUUCUCUGGAUCUCUUCUGCUUAAACACUUAUUUGACUUUGAACAUAUUUAAACGAUAGACUUGAAUCAAAACUACACCAUCUUGUACGACAAAAAUGGUGUGCAGAGCAGAAUUAAGAAGCUUAGUAAAUUUGUUCAUUAGUGGUU